AUGAGACAGAGCGGCGCCUCCCAGCCCCUGCUGAUCAACAUGUACCUGCCAGAUCCCGUCGGAGACGGUCUCUUCAAGGAAGGGAAGAGCCCGGGGUGGGGGCCGCUGAGCCCAGCGGUACAGAAAGGCAGCGGGCAGAUCCAGCUCUGGCAGUUUCUGCUGGAGCUCCUGGCGGACCGAGCCAACGCCGGCUGCAUCGCGUGGGAGGGCGGCCACGGCGAGUUCAAGCUCACUGACCCAGACGAGGUGGCGCGGCGCUGGGGCGAGCGCAAGAGCAAGCCCAACAUGAACUACGACAAGCUGAGCCGCGCGCUGCGCUACUACUACGACAAGAACAUCAUGAGCAAGGUGCAUGGCAAGCGCUACGCCUACCGCUUCGACUUCCAGGGUCUGGCCCAGGCCUGCCAGCCGCCGCCCGCGCACGCCCACGCCGCCGCCGCCGCCGCCGCCGCCGCAGCCGCCGCCGCCCAGGACGGCGCGCUCUACAAGCUGCCGGCUGGCCUCGCCCCGCUGCCCUUCCCCGGCCUCUCCAAACUCAACCUUAUGGCCGCGUCGGCCGGCGUCGCGCCCGCCGGCUUCUCCUACUGGCCGGGCCCGGGACCCGCCGCCACCGCCGCCGCCACCGCCGCACUGUACCCCAGCCCCGGCUUGCAGCCCCCGCCCGGGCCCUUCGGCGCGGUGGCCGCCGCCUCGCACUUGGGCGGCCACUACCACUAG